GGCCUGCAGACCCGGCUGACAGCCUCUCUCUCUCGCUCUUCUUACUUUCGUCGCCGCUCGUUCGCCGGAGCGCCGGGCAGAAUGUCGGAACUGAGCGAUGAAGCCAGCGAGACCGAGCUCUUGAACCGCAGCCUAACCAUGUGGCAUGGAGAGGGCCAAGCCGCCAGCCCCCAAGAAUUAGACAUACCUUUGGAUCUUCACACAGCCGCUUCCAUAGGCCAGUAUGAGGUGGUGAAGGACAGUAUUGAACGAGGGGAGAAGGAUUUGGAUCAGAAGAACCGAGGCGGUUGGACUCCGCUGAUGUACGCCUCCUACAUCGGUUACGACACCGUUGUGCGCAUGCUGCUACAAGCCGGAGCAAACGUGAAUAUGUCCACCCCAGAAGGACAGACCCCGCUGAUGUUGGCAGCUAGCUGUGGGAACGAAUGUGCGGCUGCCUUUUUGCUCCAGGUGGCUAAGGGGCUUGGGGAACCCCUUUGUGGAUACUCCGCUCUGAUGGAAGCAGCGGCUUCUGGUCAUGAGAUCAUCGUCCAGUAUCUUCUCAGCCAUGGCGUGAAAGUGGACAUACGGGACAGCACGGGGGCCACAGCACGGACCUUGGCCAUGAAAUACGGACACAUGAAGAUUGUGGGGCUGAUAGACUUGCAUACGGCGCCUGUGCCCAAAGUGUUGCGGAGAGGCACAGGGAAGUACGAAGAUCUGAGCUCCUCUGAUGAGUCUUACUGUGCUCCCCAAAGACAAAGGCCUGCCCGCAAAUCCAGGGGACCCAGUAUUCACGAAGGGCCUCACGCUCUGGCCAAGAUCACAGCGGUCAGAACUGGUGGGAAAAAUCGGCUUCAUCAUG